AUGGCUAGUACAGGUGAGGCUGACAAGAAGCGGCGUCACUUUAGCUCGAUAUCCCCCGCUGCUGCUGCCGGGAAGAAGCAACCUCUGGCGCCGUUAUCUGAGGAGAAAAAGCUUGAUGCAGCAGUGCUUCAGUUUCAAAAUCAGAAACUUGUGCAGAAGUUGGAAACUCAGAAGGGUGAGAUUAAUGCUCUUGAAGAUAAAGUUUCGUUGUUGAAAGAUAAGCAAAAGUCACAUGAGAAAACCUUAGCUCUGGUCAAUAACUCGUGGGAAGAGCUCGUUGAUGACCUGGAAUCACGCUCUAAUUGCACAGUGGACUUUGUGAAACAUGGGAGAGGUCUUGAAUGCCAUUUAUUUAAGGACGACGGUGAAUCAGCUCCAGAGGAUGCUCUACUGAGCCGACUCCUAGAAACAGGAGCAACAGAAAGUAGUUCAGCCAGUACAACUGCGAAUUCAACUGAAGAAGGUAGAAAUAUCGGUGGUGGAAACACGAUGAAGACGAAGAACAUACUCCACAACAUAGUAGCUUCUCUCGAUGAUCUAAACAGUUUGAAGCAUGGAUUGUAUGCUGCCUCUCAGAAGGCAAUCUCAUCUAAUGGACAGGGCCAGAAAGCAGUUGUUGUUUCUGAUUUUCAGCCUGACGUUAAAAAUUUGAGAAUACAAGCGCUUAAGCUUCACUUGAAACACAGAGAGCUUGCUGGUGAACUGCAGAGCCAUAGAGAUGCUGAUGCAAAGAAUAAAGCUGAUUUGAAGUGUUUGAAAGGGGAGCUAGAAAAUGCCAUUUCUGAAUUGGAAGAAAGUAAUCGCACAUUGGCAGUUCUGAAAGCCGAGAGGAAUGUGUCAAAUGGGCAAUUAUUCCCUGUUCUCAACCUUGGAAAUAAGCAUGUAAAUAGUGAUAAAGCAACGGACAACCAGAGAGUUCUGCUAGACAUGGAGGCCACAUUGAAGGAGUUAGUGGAAGAAUCCACAUCUCGACUGCACGAGCUCGGGCGUCUUCAUGAAGACAGGCUAAACACACUAAAACAUUUGACAAAUUUGCAGAGCAAUCUGAAGAAUGUCAAUUGUAUUCUCUCAUCCCGAGCAUAUCACCUACUGAAAGAUCAACUUACAAAGGCUAAAGCUGAUGCUGCACAGUAUCAAGCUUUAUGUGAGAAAUUUGAGAUCCAGAAAGAAAGACUGUACUGGAGGGAAAAAGAAUGUCAUAUUAAAAAUGAAUUCUUAGAUGUUCUUCACCGUUCUUCAUCAGUGGCCAAGGCUAGAAUAAGUGACUUGGAAUUAGAAAUACAGAGACACAUUAAAGAGAAAGAUGAAAUUGAAUCCAAACUGGAAGAAGCAUCAAAAGAACCAGGUAGGAAAGAAAUAAUUGAUGAGUUCAAAUCCUUAGUUUCUUCUUUUUCUGAAAAAAUGGGGAGCAUGCAAAAUCAAUUAGCCAAACACAAGGAGACUGCUGCAGAUAUUCAUUCUUUGCGAGCUCAUGUUGGAUCCCUAACAACGGUUCUUGAUCGGAAGUCUAGAGAGUUGGAGGCUUUGAAUUCGAGAUCCACUCAGCAAAAUGCUGAAAUUCUAAAAUUGCAAUCUGUGAACAGAGAUUUAAGGUUAGCUGAAACAGACAUGAAGCUUUUUCUAGAAAUGUAUGGACAUCAAUCGACUGAUUCAAGGGAAGUUGGGGAAGCUAGAUAUUCUGAGAUCAAGGCAUGGGCUCAUGUUCAAGGUCUCAAUUCUUCUCUUGAUGAACAUAAUUUGGAGUUUCGUGUUAAGGUUGCAAUUGAAGCUGAAGCAAAAGCCCAGCAGAGAUUAGCUGCCUCGGAAGCUGAGAUUGCUGAGCUCAGACAAAAGUUGGAAGCUUCUAAAAGGGAAAAAACAAGACUUUCCGAUACUUUGAAGUCCAAAAAUGAAGAAACUGAGGCCUAUAUGUCCGAAAUUGAGACCAUAGGGCAGGCUUAUGAUGACAUGCAGACUCAAAACCAGCAGCUUUUGCAGCAAAUUACUGAAAGAGAUGACUAUAAUGUAAAGCUUGUUUUAGAAGGUGUUCGUGCAAGACAGCAGGAAGACACCUUGCUUAUGGAUAAGCGUAUGUUGGAGAAAACCACUCAGCAGACCAAGAAAACAGUUGAUUUUCUCGAUUUCAAAGCUGGUAGAAUAGAAAAUCAGUUGAAAUUAUACUCUGAUCAGUUGCAGAGGGUCAACGAAAAUAAAGCCCACAACUCUGCUUUGGGAGAAAAUACCCAAAGAAGACUUUCAGACGUGAAGAGAUCUUGCCAGAAAGUGACAGUUACACUUGAAGAAGCACAAUCCCAGGUUGAGAAGAGUAGAGAGUAUCUGGCCGGGUUGCAGAUGGAACAUGAGAAAGAGAGAUUUGCAAGGAAAAGGGUAGAGGAGGAUUUGGAUGCUCAGCGGAGGAAAGCCGAACUACUGAAAUUACACGCUGAGGGUUCCUUAGCUGAAAAGCUCCAGCUGGAGCUAAGGGAAUACAAGGAAAUUCUUAAAUGCACUGUUUGCCUUGAUAGAAGAAGAGAGGUGGUCAUCACGAAAUGCUACCAUCUGUUUUGCAGCCCUUGCGUUCAAAAAAUUGUUGAAUCUCGCCACCGUAAGUGCCCAGUUUGUGCAGCGAGUUUCGGAGCUAAUGACGUUAAACCUGUAUACAUCUGA